AUGAAAGACCAUUAUGGAGAUACUCCUCUUCACUAUGCUGCUAGAUUUGGCAACUUAGAUGCAGCUAAAAUCCUUGUUGCCCGAAAUAAGCAUUUGCCUAAUAUUGUUUCCAAUGGUCUCUAUCCAAUCCAUGAAGCAGCUGAUUAUGCCUACAUUUCUGCGGAUGUGUAUAUUUAUCUCUUGGGUGUCACCACUGUCCGUGAUCCUUUUAAUGGCUCCAGUGGCAUUAGGCUUCUUCGUAGAUUACUCCAUUCGAACAAGUGUGAUUUAGCUACAGAGUUGGUCGAACAGGAUCCUGAUUUGGCCAAACAUGACCCACAUCAAGGUUCUGCUUUGGCGGAGCUAGCUACAAAGGAAUUUUCACUCCUUCGUGGACAUCGUUUAAGCAUUUGUCAACGAUUACUCUUCUGUUUGAUCAAGAUGUUGGGUGGCCUUUCAUUUGAUGUUCUUGAAAGAUUAGUGCCAUCUUUGAAACUCAUCCGAGACAAAAAGUCGGAAUACUACAAUGCAGUUAAGCUUGUCGAAUGCUUAUGCAAGAAAAUAGAAAGUUUGAGUUGCGAAGAAGUUGCAACAAUUGCUAGUGGUCCUCUCCUUGAAGCAGCAAAAUAUGACAACUAUGAGCUUGUUGAAGCUAUUGUGACAAAAUUUCCUUCACUACUUUACUAUAACGACGGGAAUGAAAAGAAUAUAUUUCACCUUGCGAAAGAGAAUCGAUGUGAAAAUGUGUUUAACUUGGUCUAUCAGAUGAGUCAACAUAGACACUCGUUGAUGAUUUUAGCCGACUCAUCUCGCAAUACUAUGCUGCAUUUUGCUGGACAAUUGGCGCCACAAAAUAAACUAAACCUAGUUCCUGGCCCAGCUCUUCAGAUGCAACAAGAAUUACAGUGGUUUAAGAAAGUAGAGAAUCUUGUACCACCUCUUCACCAGGAAUUCUGCAACAAUGAUAACAACACUCCAAGUGAAGUAUUUACUAAGGAACAUGCUGAGUUGAAGAUAAAAGGAGAGGAAUGGAUGAAAGGUACAUCAAACUCAUGCACAAUUGCAGCAGCACUCAUUGCUACCAUUGCAUUUGCUGCAGCAAUUACAGUUCCAGGCAACAAUGAUGGUGAAAGUGGACUCCCCAUUUUCGUAAGAAACAGUGCUUUCAUCGUUUUCGCUAUCUCAAAUGCAGCAUCAUUAUUCACUUCUAGCACGUCUUUGUUGGUGUUUUUGUCCGUUUUGACUUCCCGUUAUGCAGAAGAAGAUUUCUUAUAUGCAUUGCCUGGAAGUCUGAUUCUUGGUUUGCUCACUCUAUUUCUGUUACAUCCCAUAUUUUUGAAUCAGGAAAUUGAAUUGUCCAACAUGAGCGAUUUUACCGAGGCCGUAGGAUUUGGUCAUAUUCAAGCGUAA